UUUUUUUUUCUUUCACUGUUCUGUUUUCUAAUUCGAUUCUCUGUUUCCGGAGGCAGAAGCGAUUUCUACACUCUCUCUCAGAUCUACAAGCUCAAGAUGGAUACUACUAAGGAUGAUGAUUUCACAUUCUCAAAGGCUCUGCAACCUGAUAGUCAAGUUGUUUUAGAUGGCAUUGUCCUUAAAGAUGGAUUAGAUCCUCAUCUGAAUCAAAUUUCUCCAAAGGAAAACACAGUUGGAUCUCUCUCUUUCACGGUGACUGAUUCUUCUUCAUCUGAGAUGAUUCUCAAAGCUAGAAAGCCUAUAACUCGUACAAAAGUCCCAUUUGAAAAGGGUUAUAGCCAAAUGGAUUGGCUCAAACUUACUCGAACACAUCCCGAUCUUGCAGGUCUGAAGGGAGAGUCGAACAGGAGGCUUAUAUCAAUGGACGAAGUAAAGAAGCACAAAUCAGGAGAUUCUAUGUGGACUGUAUUGAAAGGACGCGUGUACAACAUAUCUCCUUACAUGAAUUUUCAUCCGGGAGGUGUUGAUAUGUUGAUGAAAGCCGUUGGGAGAGACGGUACGUUCUUGUUCAACAAGUACCAUGCUUGGGUCAAUUUUGAUGUCUUGCUUGAGAAAUGCCUUGUUGGAGUUUUGGAUGACUCCAAAGUGAUGAGCAAAUGUUAAAGAGGUUGAGAUUAUCAUAGAUGAUUCUUAUGUCAAAUAAGUGUUUACAUUUUGAUUAUUCAAAUCAAAACGCUGGUCACAACUUUGUACUGUGUAUUAGACUUUUGAUGUCAAUAUGAAUCAUUCAUUGAUCACACAGUAUGUGAUUAAUACAA